CCCAAACUCUAAGCUUCAGCAUCAAACUAGUUCAGUACCAAUUGCAUCUCUUUCUUCUCUCAUUUGCAUCCUCGAUCUCCCUUAUCUUAAUCUCACAGGCUGCAUUUUGUCGUUCAUAAACCAUUUUAUUAAAUCGAAAUUUAUAAAUACAGCUCAAAAACCGCGGAACUCGUAUGAAGAUUCCCUACAUAUUGCCUCGUUUGCUGCAACUUACCAACAAGGAGACGAUGGUAGAGAGAAGCCGCAAAGGCAACUCGAAAGUCGAGGAUGAGACCGCCUUCAACCAAUUUGUAGAAUCAGCUGAAGUUCCUGACGAUACCGUGAUAGAAGCUAUUUUUCUGGAAAGGAAAACGGAACAUGCUGUAGACGCUGUAGACUACGAAGAUAUCGAUGAGUUGGCAGAUGAAGAAGACCUUCCCGAGGAAGAAGUUAGCACCAACAAUUUGGACGAUGUAGACGAAAACGACAACUUCGAAGCGUUUCUAGAUGAACCUCAGAAAGAAGAAGAGCUCCAAAACAGAGCCAAUGAAGAGUUUGAUGACAUGUUUGGCGACGGAGGGUUUGAGGAUGCUGGUGGAAACAACAACUUGUUCACUGAUUUGGAUCACAAUAACCAUCUCAUAGAUGAUGACGGCUUGACGGACUUGAACAUGGGUGGAAUAUUUGAUGAAGAAACUACUCAAAGUCAGACAAGCAUUCCUUCUAUCAAGAAAAGAGUUCUUCUGGAAGAACAGAGAAAGAUAAAAAGACAAAGACUAGAGAAUAUCGUAAAACGACUUGAAAAUCAGAGAGUUAGACGUAAUAUAGCAUACCACUUCCCAUCCUAUUCCAGAAACAAGCCAUUUAACUUUCAUAACUUUUUUCUUCCUGAGCCCAAAUACUAUCGGUAUCAGAAGCCAUACAUCGCGUACAAGGAGAAUAUCAAGCCUCUUGUGCCUACAAAGUUAAGUCUUGAGUUGGAAGUUGAUGAGAGAAAACUAUUCAAAUCUAGAAAGCCUUUAUCAAAUUCCAAAUCUACUAAAGGUAUAGUAAGUGUAACCCAGCAAGAUAUUGAAUUCAUCAGAGACUUGAACAGUAAGAGCUCCCUGACAGAGACAUUAUUGAAACAGAUCUCGUUCUUGAAGAAUGACUGGACCAAUAACGACAAAUUCACAAACUAUUCCAAAGACUUGAUUCUUUCUACUACAGAUUGGAACGACGAUGCCAUUAUCAAUGCUGGCGAUACCAAGUUCGCAGUCAAGAAAGUCAACUUUGAAUCGAACACUGUUGAUACGCUGACAUUUGACGAAGAAGAUGAAAACAUAUUCAAUGGCCAGUUGAACACAGAUCUAUUGAAGUUGGACAUGAAUGAUCCUAACUUGUUGUUUGUUCCGGAAAAGAAGUCAAAUAAAUCGAAAUCGUUGAUUCCAACUAACGAAAAGUUGUUGCUGUUGAAAUUCAACAUUUCAAAUGAUAAACAGUACGAAAUCUUGAAGUCUAACUACAAUACUAAGGUUAGAAGUCAGUUGAGUAACUUAAAUAUCGAACAUUCCAUCCCUGCAUUAAGACUUCAAUCUCCAUACUACAAGGUCAAGUUGACUAAGGAAGAAUCUCGUUCCUUCCACAGACCCAAGUUUGUUAUCAGACCAGGUUCUUUGAUAAGUUUCUCCAAACUUAAAUUGCGUAAGAAGAAGAAAGAUCGUGGUAAAUCACUACAAGAAGUAUUUUCUAAAACUUCAGAUUUGUCUACUACUGACACUGCUCCCUUGGUUGCAAUGGAAUACUCAGAAGAAUAUCCGCUCAUACUUUCAAACUUUGGUAUGGGCUCCAAGAUGAUCAACUAUUAUAGAAAAGAAAGGGAAGACGAUUCAUCAAGACCAAAGGCUCAAAUUGGCGAGACACAUGUCCUUGGUGUUGAGGACAGAUCUCCCUUCUGGAAUUUUGGAGAGGUAGCCCCGGGAGAUUUUGUUCCAACUUUGUAUAACAAUAUGGUAAGAGCUCCUAUAUUCAAGCAUGAAGUUAAGAAUACUGAUUUCCUCUUCAUCAAAUCCCAAGGUGCCGGUUCGCAUCAAAGGUACUUCUUGAGGGCUAUUAACUUCAUGUUCUCUGUGGGUAAUGUCUUUCCUGCUGUAGAAAUCCCAGCACCACAUUCCAGAAAGGUUACCAAUACGUCGAAGAAUAGAUUAAAGAUGGUUGUUUUCAGAGUAAUGAAUAGCAUGGGUGUCGCUCGUGUGUCGGUUAAAGACGUUUCUAGACACUUUCCUGACCAGAAUGAUAUGCAAAAUAGACAGAGAUUGAAGGAGUUCAUGGAAUAUCAGAGACAGGGUGAUGACCAAGGUUUCUGGAAAAUCAGAAAUAGCGACAGUGUUCCAAAUGAGAACGAAAUAAGAUCCAUGAUUACUCCCGAAGACAUUUCUUUAUUGGAUAGUAUGCAAUACGGUCAACAGACACUAGACGAUACCUACAUACCCAGAGAUCCAGAUGCCGAAGUUGAUAUGGACGAGGAAUUGGCUCCUUGGAACUUGUCUCGUAACUUUGUCAACGCAAACCAGACUAAGUCGAUGUUGCAGCUUAACGGUGAAGGAGAUCCUACAGGUAUUGGGUUGGGCUAUUCUCUUUUGAGAUCUACACAGAAAAAUGGUUUCAAGCCGCUAUUUGCACCUGUCAGAGAGAAUGUUCCUAAAAAUAAUACUGCUGCCUAUCAGCAGAAAUUAUAUGAGGCUGAGGUCAAGAGAAUUUGGUACUCUCAGAGGAGUUCGUUGGUCGAUCACGGACCUGACUUCAAUCUUCAAGCCAUCUAUGAUGAAUACAAACCAGUCAAUCAAAUGAAAACGAUAAAAAACAUGGUCAAACAGGAAGACAAGAAUGACUUCGAAAACAAGGUGUUGAGAAUUACUAGAAGAGUCAGAGACGAGAAUGGCAUUCUCCAGAGAAAAGUUGAAACAAUCACCGAUCCGAGGUUGAUCACAGCAUACAUCAGACGCAAGAAGCAGAUUGAAGAUGAAAUGAUGAAGAAUGCUGAAGUGGGUGACAUUUUGCCUACAAAUGACAAGGAAUUGAACAAGAUUCGUCGUAAGAUUUUGGAAGAGAAAUUGGCUUCAGCAGAAAAAAGAGCCAAACAGAACAAAUCUAAGAAGCCUCCCAAAGAUUCUAUCCAUGCUGCUGCCGCUGCUGGUGGUACGAUUAUCGAUGCCAACACUGUCAUGUUGCCGGAUGGUUCAUAUGCCAUCGGUGGUAAAGGUAUUGGAAAGGGUAAGUCUAAAACACGAAGGUGUGCUUCUUGUGGAGCAUUUGGACACAUUAGAACUAACAAGACAUGUCCACUUUAUGCAAUCACAAGAGGUGGUACUGUUCCUCUCCAGAAAGACGAACAAGGUAAUCCUAUAAUCCCAGCAUCAGUGAUUAUUCCACCAGGUAUGAUUGGUAUUACUGCAAGACAUGCACCACCAGUACCUGAACAAGCUCCAGCUUCUGACGUGGCACAAGCGACUUCUGCGUCCCCACCAGCUCCAGCUACAGCUGCACCUACGGAUCAAUAAUAAAUUUUACGCAUAAGUCUAUAAGCAACCAUGAAACGAAACAAACUAUAGUUGUAGUAUAAUCUAUUCAUUGUAAAGUGAAUCUAUAUAAUGUGAGUUGUUACGGGCGGGCCGUCCACGCAUUUAGAAUGUAAUUUGCUUGAUG